AUGUGUCCCGUGGCAAACCAGAUCCGGAACCAUACCAACAAGGUUUGUGUAGACUCGGACUUUGAGGCAUCGGCCAACCCGGUCCUGGUGCUUGAGGAUGCCCCUGCGGGUGCGAAGGCCGGAAAGGCGGCGGGUUGUAAAGUUCUCGGGUUAGCAAUGACGCAUAGCACGCAGGAUUUGCUGGAUGCUGGGGCAGAUUGGGUUGUGCCAGAUCUACAGUCCGUCAAUCUCGUCAAGAGCGCCUCCUCCGACUCUGUUCUAGAGGUGAAAUUAAGCAACGCCAUUAGUUAA